AUGGGACACCGGGAUGCUGUCAAAUGGAUACUUUUGAAUAUAACCAACGCGAAUAAAAUGCCUAAAAUAGUCAAGUAUCUCGAAUAUAAUGUAGAGUACAAUGGUGGUGACAGGGAAGUGAUGGCCCACAAGAAGCCUGAUGUCUGCAAAGAGCACUCAUGUAAACUGAAUAAAUGUCAGCAACACUUGGAUGAUAUGAUCGACUGUUGCCGAAAGUGGGGUCACCAGGCGUUCAGCUGCGAGGGAUUCAUGUGGAUGUUUAAGGAGGAGUUCCCCGAUAAGACUGGUCCGGGUGGUCGUGGUGGUGAGCCUAAGACUGGUGAUAAUAAGCCCACCACUGGUGAUAAACCCGAUGAUAACAAGGAUAAUAAGAAGUAA